AUGCCUGUGAAGCGAAGAGAAGGUCCAACAAAGCAGCGACAAAUUACUCUGCGUCGAAGCAUCGACCCACUUCCUCUUCUAGCAGCACCUGAACCUACCAAACUGCAAGAGCGUCGCGCAAGCGAAGGGAAGAGCAAGCGACCACCAAGAUGGCGAGGCCCCCAACACAACAACACUGGCAACAUGCAACAAAGAGCUGCAUCAGUCGUGCUACCAGAGUCCAACAUGAAUCCAACACGUGAUGUCCAAAGAAGUGCGUCGCAUCAGCCAUCGCAAUCUCAAAACAUUCAACUUCGCUUCUCCUUCUCCCAAUCGUUCAUUGAUGAUGUGGAGCGACAACUCCAUUCCGAGAACGAGGCUCGCUUCAACCAAUCCUUCUCCGGCCUCUCCAUGGCCCCCAAGCCCACCCAAUCCUUCUCCAGUUCAAGUCCAAGUUCUCACUCGACUGAAAAGGCGUCUCCGGUACAGUAUGUGUCGUCGCAAAGGUCCAUCUACGAAGAGGAGGAGGUCAAAGCUCCCGUGUUGACCAAACCGGGGCAGAAGAAGAAGGAAGGCUAUGGCUUCAGCUACUCGGAAACCUUCAUGUAUGAUUCCGAUGACUACCCGGAUACGGAGUGUGAGUGGGAUCCAGAAGGUGCAGAAGAACAGGGGCACGAGACGGAGCCAAAUACGCCGACUACGCCAACGUCAUUUAGCAAUACCGAGUAUCUGAAUUGGGACAGUGGAGAGGAGGUUUCACGGAUACAUGAAAUGCAACAUGUUGUGCAAUACUCACAGCCGACACAACAGCCAACGCCCCGCCAAAGCUUCAGUUCAUCAACAACCAACGCGCCAUCUUUCGACGACCUCGUCGUCCUUCGCGAC